AUGGCGAAAAAGGGUGGAAAGAAGGGCAACAAGUCCAAGAAGGGUGGUGGUGGCGGUGCGAAGAAGGCUACCGCUACGCAGAAUGUCGCUACUGCAGGACAUGCUGUCGAGGAUCGCUCCGCCUUCACUGAUGGCGAAGCUGAAAAGUCCAGUGUUCAUUCAACCGAAGCUCCGGCUAUUACUGCUACCGCUCCUACUCCUUCCGCUGCUCCGCCCCAGGUGACCGAGGAACAGCCAAGUGCAGAAAACGUGGAGGAGAAGGAGGAAACUCCAUCGACAAAGGAAGUUGCUGAAAGUACCACCCAGCCUUCAGUGACUGAGGAAGAGGAACAGCCUACUACGGAAGAGGUAGAAGAUGCUCCAUUGACCAAAGAGGUUGCCGAGAAUAGCAUCCAGGAUGCAGUCGACAAGGUGCAAACAUCGAAGACUGGUCAGGUGCCUCUCCUCGAUGCAAUGCCUCCGGAGAAUGGUAUCUUGCCCGAGGUUCCCAGGAAGGAAUCCUCUGCAUUGCCAACCUGCCCUCCUGAUUUUCCGCUACCCGACACCAAGGUCGAAAAGGACAAAACCGAGCCGGCGGUAGCAACUGAAGUUGUUGCCGCAUCGACGACGACGACAGACCUCCCCGAACGGCCCAAGGAGCAGGAAACGGCGGUUGUCGGAGAAAAAGUUGCCGCCGCAGACGUUCCUAGCUUUGCUACUCACCCAAAGCGUCCAUAUGAGACAAGCCUUUUCGCAAAGGAGGAGGCCAAGCCCCCCAAGAUCCCAAAAGUUGAUGAGCCGGCUCCCGCACAGCCGCGAGAAAAGGCUCAGCCCGCUACUGAGGACACUGCCAAGGCUGAGGAUCUAGAGACCCCCAAAAGUGAACCCGCUGGAGCUGCAGCUGUUGCACCCGUGACAACCCCAGAUGUAACUGCGAAAGAGACCAAGGAUGACCUGCCCGCAGAGAAGGAAACCAAACUGCCGAGCGUAGAAGCAGCUAGUCCCGAAACAGCGGAGAAGGUCGUGCAUCCGGUCGAGACAGUAAAUGAGCCUACACCGGCGGCUGAGGCGGAAGCACUGGAGAAGGAGUCGGACGUUGCUGAAGUUUCCGGUGUAGCUUCCGGCUUCACCGCGCCGUCCGAGACCACCAAUGAAGCACUAUCAGCCCAGGCCACCGCCACUGCGGCCGAAACUGCGGUAGGGACGGCAGAGCAGCCACAGACAACCGUCACAACCGGAUUCCAUGAGAGUCUUGAACCUGCACCUGUGACCGCACCCAACUCGGUUGCCGGCAGCCGCGACAACAGCGUGGAUGCAUCAGCGGCAACAGGGCGAUCCAAGGAUGGCGCCUCAUCAUCGUCGACGGACACUCUCGACAGCGAGUCCAAACUGAAAGAAGAGGAGCUCCGCAAGGCGGAAGCACGAGUAGAAGCUCACAAGGAUGCAAUCCGACACCUGAUGACGGACGAAACCAACCCUGAAGUCGCAAGGGAAGAGACAAAGGAGGAAGCGAAAGAAGAAGGCAAGAAGGAACUCAAGCAUGAAAAGCCCUCCACCAGAAAGGACGUCGCAGGAAAAGAAGAAAAACAACAAGAACAAAAAGCAGCCGAAGAGACAUCCCAGAAGAAACCAGAAGAGCCUGCUACCGGCAGAACCUCGAUCGAGAAGAAGACCUCCGCCGAGAAAUCAGCCGACAAGGCUAAGGAGGCCGCUGCCGCCGCCAAAGAAGAGGCUAAGAAGGGCGGGUUCUGGUCCUGGCUUAAGCGCAAAGUCAGGGGUUAG